AUGGCACCCGUUUCAAAAGCACCAGAGAAGAAGCAAAAGUCCCUGACUGCAUUCUUCACGCCCAAAGCCGUAGCUGGUACUGCAUCGUCUGCUCGGCCCGCAUUGCCAUCAUCACCCACCCCCGUCAAGGAGUCGGAUUUACCCUCCAGAAAACGGCCGCUCGAAAAGGAUAAUGAGAAAUCCAACGGUACCGUUGAAAAGGCGGCAAAGAGGGCCAAAAGCGAUGGGCCAAGUGAUGGAGAAAGUUCCUUUUUCCACAAUGAUACUACCGUGACUACCACUGCCAGCAACCGAAGCCCGACUUCGUCACGAGCACAGCGCUAUCGCUACGACGAAUCGAACACACAAGAAGAUGCUGGUAACGAGAGUGAUGAUGCCCAAGUUAGGAGGCGGAAUGAUGAGCUGCACAGGAAGUUCGUCAAGAAAUUGGGCCAUCCCGAUGCCAUGUCUUGGGGAUCCCUAAAGGCACAGGACAGCGGCAUUGCUGGCGAUGACGAGGAUGCCGAUGCAGACCCCGAAGAGGAAGAAGCUCCAAUUGCCACAAAAGCAAAGAAGAAAGGUUCAAAAACGGGAAAGCUUACCCCGAUGGAACUCCAAUUCUUAGAUAUCAAGCGGAAGCACUUGGAUACCAUCCUCAUCGUCGAGGUCGGCUACAAGUUUCGAUUUUUCGGUGAAGACGCCCGCGUGGCUGCCAAAGAGCUGGGUAUCGUCUGCAUACCAGGCAAAAUGCGAUAUGAUGAGCAUCCCUCAGAAGCCCACCUAGAUCGAUUUGCGUCGGCCAGUAUUCCCGUUCACAGGUUACCUGUUCACGCGAAGCGGCUCGUUGCUGCCGGCCACAAGGUCGGAGUCGUACGCCAAAUCGAGACGGCAGCACUGAAGAAAGCUGGUGACAACAGAAAUGCCCCGUUUGUCCGCAAGCUCACCAAUCUCUACACAAAAGGCACAUACAUCGAUGAGAACGGAGAGCUUGAUAGUCAGGACUCUUCCACCCCGUCCGGCGGCUACCUCCUUUGUAUCACAGAAACUGCUACUAAGGGUUCCGGCACUGAUGAAAACGUCAACGUCGGAGUUCUAGCGGUCCAGCCCGCCACCGGUGAUAUCAUCUACGACACUUUUGAAGAUGGCUUCAUGCGGAGCGAGAUCGAGACGCGUCUAUUGCACAUAUCACCUUGCGAGUUCCUCAUCGUGGGGGACCUCACCAAGGGGACCGAUAAGCUGAUACAGCACUUAUCAGGCAGUAGCACCAACGUGUUUGGUGAUCGUUCUCGCGUUGAGCGCGUACCCAAGAGCAAAACUAUGGCGGCCGAGGCUUACUCGCAUGUGACGCAAUUCUACGCCGACCAAGUAAAGGAGGCGUCAGAUAACGAGACUGCGAGUGCUCUGCUCGACAAAGUCCUAAAGCUCCCUGAGGCCAUCACCAUCUGUCUAUCUGCCAUGAUUACCCACUUGCAGGAAUACGGCCUAGAGCACAUCUUUGGCCUUACAAAGUACUUUCAGAGCUUCAGCACUCGAUCCCACAUGCUCAUCAACGGCACAACGCUCGAGAGCCUCGAAGUCUACCGCAACUCCACCGAUCACUCCCAAAAGGGAAGCCUCUUCUGGGCUGUCGACAAGACCCUCACCCGAUUUGGCCAGCGUCUCCUGCGGAAAUGGGUUGGCCGUCCUCUGCUAGACAGGGAGCGGUUGGACGAGCGCCUUGCCGCGGUGCAGGAGCUUCUCGACAAGCAGUCAACCUCGCCUGUUGACGACCUGGAGAGGCUCCUCACAACGACCAAGGCCGACCUUGAGCGCAGUCUCAUUCGCAUCUAUUACGGCAAAUGCACCAGACCGGAGCUCUUGUCCGUGCUUCAGACUCUGCAAAAGAUUGCGAGCCAUUACUCCUCCGUCAAAUCAGCCUCUGAUGUCGGCUUUGACUCGCCACUAAUUGUCAAUGCCAUCACGACCCUGCCCCAGAUCCUGGACUCGGUCAUCUCGUAUCUCGAUCGCAUCAACCUUUACGCUGCCAAAAAGGACGACAAGUAUGGAUUCUUCCGGGAAGAGUUCCACACCGAGGAAAUCCAGGACCAUCAGCUUGGAAUCGCCCACGUCGAGCACGAGCUCGACGAACACCGUGCCGUCGCCGCAGGGAAAAUCAAGCAGAAGACCGUCGAAUAUGUGACCGUCGCGGGCAUUGAGUACCUCAUCGCCGUUCCCAACAAAGAUAUCAAGAACGUCCCUGCCUCGUGGAGCAAGAUAUCCGGCACCAAGGCGCUCUCGCGGUUCCACACCCCUGAAGUCAUCCGCCUCAUUAACGAGCGCGAUCAACAUCGCGAGGCCCUCGCCGCUGCCUGCGACAAGGCCUUCAAAGACUUCCUCGCCACCAUCGCAUCCGAGUACCAGCCUCUCCGGGAUGCCAUCUCCGCCCUCGCCACGCUGGACUGCCUCCUCUCCCUCUCAAAGGUCGCUGCUCAGCCCGGCUACAGCAAACCAACAUUCCUGCCCUCCACCUCCGAGCCAUCCAUCUCCAUCUCCCAAGGCCGCCACCCCAUCGCCGAGCAGACGCUCGAAGGCAGCUACAUCCCCUUCACCACCACGCUUUCCCACCCCUCCGCCUUAGCACACCUCAUCACCGGCCCCAACAUGGGCGGCAAAUCGUCCUUUGUCCGCGCCGUCGCCCUCAUCGUCCUCCUCUCCCAAAUCGGCUCCUUCGUCCCCGCCGACUCCCUCACCCUCACCCUCUGCGACGCCAUCCACACCCGCGCCGGCGCAAGAGACAACCUCUUCGCCGGCGAGUCCACAUUCAUGGUCGAGGUCUCCGAGACGGCCCGCAUCCUGCGCUCCGCCACCCCCCGCAGCCUCGUCAUCCUCGACGAGCUCGGCCGCGGCACUAGCACCCACGACGGCGCCGCCAUUGCCCAGUCCGUCCUGCACUACGUCGUCACCGAGACCAGGUGCCUGACCCUCUUCAUCACCCACUACCAGAAUCUCGCUCGCGUCGCCGAUGGCCUGCUCGGCGUCACAAACGUCCACAUGAAAUUCAACGCCCAAACAGGAGAUGACGGUGAAGAAGAAAUAACCUUCCUGUACGAAGUCGGAGAGGGCAUAGCUCAUCGCUCGUAUGGACUAAACGUCGCACGCCUGGCCCGCAUUCCUAAGAAGGUCCUUGACGUCGCCGCAGACAAGUCAAAAGAGCUGGAAAACGAAAUGAGGCGUCGACGGUUACAGGGGGCAUAUCGCACCCUUGCUCAUGUCAUAGAAUCAAGUCCAGACCAACUAGACCAUUUGAUUUCCUCUAUUGAGCAGCUAUAG